CAGGUCAAGCCACAAUCAUAAAGAAGUUCCUUUUCUUUUCUCUUACAGAGCAGUUUAUUUCAACAAGCUUGUGACUAUGAGAGUGGCAACAAUGAUCUUCCUCUGCUUGGCAAUUCUGGUCUCCUUACUGGGGGUCGGCUUAGCCAAGGUCUUACAAAACCAAAGAUUCACCAACAACAACUGUGGCAGGUUUUUAUACAAAGGUUUUGAACCAAACGGCCUGCAUCGUUUUGAAACUAAUAUUGCCAGGAUUUGCCAGUGCUAUCAAGGAGCAGAUUACUUUGCCACGAUGUAUGAUAGAAACAAACGCAUAGCUAUUUAUUCCGCUUACGUUUAUGGAACCCAACCUGCAGGCGGCCAUGGACAGAAUUUAUGUGGGGCUGGAAUUGUUAAUGAUACCUAUACAUGUGGCAGGGAGAGGUGGUGCAUAGAGCCAGAGUUGAUUGCAGAGAAUUAUGCUAAAAGGAACAUGGAAGAAUGUCCAGGAAAUAGACCUGAACAGAAACCAUGGCUGGAUCAGGUCAUGGGAUCUCAGGCUGUGGACCAGGACUACAGUGGUACCAGAUACACAAAAGCACAUUUGAACACUAAUGGCCAUCAUAAUGGCAGUGCACAGUCUGCAACUUUCACCCUGACCAACGCUGUACCACAGAUUCAGGCACUUAAUACGUUAUGGGCUAAACAAUAUGAGGAGCAAAUGCAACAUUUUAUCGACUCUGUACGAAGUGGACCAUGUCCCUCAGCCUAUGUUCUCACUGGUGCGAUUCCCUCCAACAACCAAAUGAAUAAGCGAGUGACCAUCCCCAGCUCCAUCUGGAGUGCCUUCUGCUGUGUCAAUAAUAAUAAUAAUCAGGUUCCAACUGGCUCCAUGGCUUUCUGGUUAGAAAAUAAUCCAAACGUGACUAACAUAGAGAUCAUGACACUUCAAGACCUGCAAGAUAAAUUAGGAAAGAAACUGAAUUCACAGGUUACAUUGUUUCAAAAUAGUUGUAAAAUGCUGGCCUAAAAUAAGUUUAGCUAGUCUAAUUUGGGUCAGAGAGAGUUGAUGAAUCGCAUGGUUGUGUCACUUGAUACCAGAUUAAAACGCUUCAUGCAUGAUAUACGCUGAGAACCUGUGAAAGUGUGAAACUGCUUUGCUUCAAUAAAGCAUUGACAAAA